CGUUGUCGCUGCGCGCGCGGCAAAUAUGUAAUUAAACUGAAAUAAAUUACAAGCAAAAAUUAAUAAUAUUCAAGACGCCGAACACACGCAAAAAUUAUUUUAAAAAUAAUUAAUUAAUUCGUAAAAUAAUUAAAUAACACAAAUCGCACUCCCCUGCUGCCCCCCGCCCCCAUACAAAACGUCGCGAUUCCAUGCAAACGGCUCGGGCUCUUCUAUUUAUGCAAAUUGUGUAAAUGCAUAUGUGAGAGUGUGUGCGGCAUCGGAGCGUACGCGCGCUAGUGUGUCGCCUGUGUGUGUGAGUACGUGCGUAAGUUUAUGCAUGUGUGUGCGAGUGGGCAAUUGUGUUUAUGUGCGAAAACGCAUUAAAAUCACAAAUACAAAUGCGAAUGCAAAUACAACAACAAAAGUAAAUACAAAUAGAAAUACAAUCAAACACAAACAAAAACAAUACGUAAAAGCUGCCGCUGCAGCAAAUUGAAUGAAAAGCCAAAAAGUAUUUCAAAUGCAAUCUAAAUACAAAUAAUUCUAAUACAAAAUUGAGAAUUAAAUUUUUUAUUGUUUUUUGCGCAAAAUUAAAAAAAUAUGCAUUUGUGUUGGGUUUUUUGUUGUUGAAUCGAAUUCACCAAAUUGCCCAAAUUCCGAGUGAAAAACGCGAAUUAAUGAAAAUAUUUUGACUCCCGGCUCGAGAUCGCAUCGAACAUUAAAACGGGAUCGUUUGGAGGUUUUUGAAAUAUAAAUUAUGCUAAAAUUUCGAAUACAGUCCAAAACGGUUUGGAAUUAAGCGACGAUCGCCAACUGGAAAUGGUCUCUCAACGCUAUUGCCCAUACUAAAAAAGAAAAUAAUUCAAUCUCGUGCAUCUCUUGUGUGUGCGAAGCUAAUGAAAAAGAAAAAAAUAAUGCAGCAAUCAAUGCAAGCAAUCUAUUGAGAAAUUAAUCAAUCAAGAGAUCUAGUGCAAAAGGAAAAUAGUAUCUCGAAAAUGUGCGAGUGAACGAGUAAAAAUUAGAAAAGCAAAAUCGAAGCAAAUGAAAUCUAUAUAGAGUUCAAGCUCUCAACACGACGGGAUAUUCAUUCAAUGGGAGGAGCGCGCCCAUUUAAAAUUAUGCGCCUCCACGACGGCAUACGAGAAAUGCUCAAUAGAUCGUGAGUUCUCGAAACAUGGUACGCGACAGCAGCCGUAACAUUUGUUUUGGAAAAUUAGCCGAAACUACGCAGCAACAACAACAACAAAUAGCCGUGGAUAGUAGCAGCAGCAACAAGAACAACAACAACAAUAAUAAUAACAACAACAAUAACAAUAACAAUAACAAUAGCCAGAAACUACGCGAUACAUUAAAAAGGUCUACAGAAGAACCACCGACAAACAGCUUCGAAAGGAACUACUUCGAUCGCAGCCGCAUAGUCUACCAAGCCAGCAACGCAGCAGCAGCAGCAGCAGCAGUAGCCACAACUGCCAGCAGCAACAUCACUAACAGCACCAACAGCAACAACAACAGCAACAGUAGCAGCGACAGAUCGCGCGCCCGAGAUCGUCUAUACAGGAAUGGUUCAGCAGCAGCCGCAGCAGCAGCAGCAGCAGUUGGUGCGUCAGCUACAAGCAGCAACACGACGACAACGACAGCAGCAACAGCAGCAGCUGCAGCGGGUGUGGGCGCGGUUGCGGUUGCAGGUGGAGCAACAACAACAACAGCAGCAGCAGCAGGUGGAGGCGGAGGAGGAGCAAUUGGUGGUGGUGGUCCAUUGCCGCCGCAAGCGUUGGGUGAUCGCAGCAACAACAACAACAUUAACCAAAACACACGCGUACCGCAGUCAUGGUACGAAGCUGCGGCUACUGCGACAGCGCAUCUGAAAAGUCCUGGUGGCAGUGGCAAUGCCGGCGUCUCAGCAGCUGGCAGCAUAAUGAGCUCACCGAUCAAUCAUCAUCCACAUCCACAUCAUCAUCACUACAACACAUCCGCCUCGUACUCAUCACCCGCCCACUCGCAUACGCAUACGCACACGAUAGCGGCGGCGGCGGCGGCGGCGGCGGCAUCCUCGACAACCGCCAUGCACCGCAGCGUUGCGUAUGCGGGCAGUGUUGCGGAUGAGGCAGCGGCGGCGGCGGCAGCGGCAGCAACGUUAAACUCUUCACGCAAAAUUCACCUGCAACACCACAACAACAACAACAACAGCAGAAGCCCCGCCGGCGUCAGCAAACUAAACAAGCUGCUCAAAACGGCAGCGGCGCGCUGUGGCUCUGAAUCGCCGUCAGGCGGUGCUGUUGCAGUGACACUAGCAGCAGCAGCAGCAGCAGCAACAGCGGCAUCAGCGACGACAAGUACAAUCACAAACAAUAGUUUUAGUAGUAAUAGUUUAAAUAUAAUAAACACGGCCACUCCAACGAUGCCAAUUGCAACAGCUGCAGCAGCAACAGCUUCUGUUGGCAGCAGCAGCAGCGGCAGCGGUGACAUUUUAAAUGUGGCCGCUGCUUUGGCCGCCGCCGUGGACAAUGGCAGUGCGACGCAGCAGGGUGUGGGCGGCGGCGGUGGACGUGCGCCACGUCAUCAUUUGCAUGGUCGGAGCACAACAUCGUCGAGUCGCUCGCAUUCACGUUCGCCGAGCAGCUACAGCAGCUCGCAUAGCUCAUCAUCGGCCUCAUCGCACUCAUCGUCGCAUUCGCACGCGUCCAGCCCGAUAUCGGGCAAUUGUGCCGAUGCACUCGUUGGAGUCGUUGGUGGCAUAAACGCUACAUCGUCGCAUCGCAGCUCACGUGUGGCAGCUAGCAGCAACUCUUCAAAUCCCAGUGGCAAUGUCGUCAGCGGUGGUGGCUGUGGUUCGAGUAGUAGCAGCAGCAGCAGCUCCAGUAGCAGCAGCAGCUCCUGUUUGGCAGCCAAUCCGGUUGUGCAUUCCGAAGAUAAUCGGCCGUUGGCGAUACGCGUACGCAACCUGCCCGCACGUUCCUCGGACACAUCCCUUAAGGAUGGUCUCUUUCACGAGUACAAAAAGCACGGCAAGGUCACGUGGGUGAAGGUCGUGGGACAGAAUUCGGAGCGUUAUGCGCUCGUCUGCUUUAAAAAACCGGACGAUGUGGAGAAGGCUCUCGAGGUAUCCCAUGAUAAACAUUUCUUUGGCUGUAAAAUCGAGGUGGAACCGUAUCAGGGCUACGAUGUUGAGGACAAUGAAUUUCGUCCCUACGAAGCCGAACUGGACGAAUACAAUCCGAAGGCGACACGAACCCUGUUCAUUGGCAACCUGGAGAAGGAUAUAACCGCCAGCGAGCUGCGCGUCCAUUUCGAAAGCUUUGGCGAGAUCAUCGAGAUUGAUAUCAAGAAGCAGGGACUGAAUGCCUAUGCCUUUUGUCAGUAUUCGGAUAUUGUGUCUGUGGUGAAGGCUAUGCGUAAAAUGGAUGGCGAGCAUUUGGGCAGCAAUCGCAUUAAUCUGGGCUUUGGCAAGUCCAUGCCCACGAAUUGUGUCUGGAUUGAUGGUGUCGGCGAGAAGGUGUCCGAAACCUUUCUGCAGUCACAGUUCACGCGCUUCGGCACCGUCACCAAGGUCAGCAUUGAUCGCACGCGACAAUUGGCUUUGGUGCUGUAUGAUCAGGUGCAGAAUGCGCAGGCGGCUGUCAAGGAUAUGCGUGGCACCAUUAUGCGUGGACGCAAACUGCAGGUGGACUUUGCAUCGCGUGAAUGCCAGGAUGCCUUCUACGACAAGCAGGAGAAGCAGCAGCAGCAGCAACAACAGCAGCAGCCACAACAACAACUACAGCAGCAGCAGCAGCAGCAACUGACACAGCUGCCCAAUGCGGGCUCCUCCUCCUCCCGCUUUAAUCGCUACGACUCAUCACAGUCACGUUCGCGCGCCUCAUCCUUCAGUCGACAUCAGAACUCGAACGAUGGCUGCUCGCCAGGCGGCAAUACGCCUGGUGGCGGUAUUGCUGGCGGCAGCGGCAGCAUUAGCAGUGCUGGCAACAGCAACAAUAGCACCAACAGCAGCAGCAGCAGCAUCUCGGCAAGCAAUGCGAUGCCAGCGCCCAGCAUUGCAUCGGCAGUUGUGAGCAACACGGGAGCAACAUCCGCAGCGUUACCCUCGGCGGUGGGCCCGAGUGCGAUGCCCAUGUCGCCAGCGGCGAUGGUCCAGGCGCGCAUGCGUAUGGCGCGCAAUGCGCGGCACACCAUUGACUUUGACUUCAACGAUGUGGGUCGACGGUUUCGCAACUUUGAACCGGGCAACAACAAUAACAACAGCAACAAUAGCAACAAUAAUAACAGCAACAACAACAGCGGCAACAGUCAGGCGCAGGACGAGGAUGCGGGCGUUGUUAUGCGCUCCGAUUCGCCUGUAAUUGCAAGACUCGGACCGGCUGUCAAUAGCAGCGGAAGUGGGAGUGGCAGCAUUAACGCUGGCAACCCCAGCGAAAUGCUCGAGCCGCCGACACUGAACAACAGCAACAGCGGCGGAAGCGGCAGCGGCAGCAGCAGCAACAGUCGCCGGCGUUGUGGUAAGACACCUGUAGAUUUGCGCCAUCAUGUGCACAAUCAACGUUUUCAAUUGCCAGAACAACUCGAGGAGUGCCCGUCCAGUGGUGAUGAGGGCGUGGUCAGUCCGCGCAAGCGCAUCAAAAUGGAUUACCAUCAUCAUCAUCAUCAUUCCAAUGCCAGUGCGCAAUCGCAGCUGCUGGAGCAGAACAGCGAGUCGCCGGGGUCUGGUGGUCACUGCAACAAGCCCAGUCCGCUGUCCAACUGUGAUGUCAUACACGAUCCGCUGAAUCGGAAGAGCGAAAUACGUCGCGUCUCGGAGGCGGGCAAAUUUUCAGCGGUGGCACCGCCACCAAUGCCAAUGCAACACCACAGCAUGAUGGUCAGCUGCCGCCGGCCAUCGAUCGAUGUGGGCGCCCUCUCGGCGCUGUCCAACUCGUCGGCAUUUCGGCACGGCCUGGUCGGUGCGAGCAGCAUGGAACAGCAGCAUCUAAUGAAUGCGUCGCUGGCGGCGAAACGACGACGUGUGGCCGCUAGCACGCUGCAGCUAUCCCAGCCGCAACCGUUGCAACAGCAGCAGCAAUCAUCCUCCACCUCCUCCAGCAAUCCUGCGAACAACAGCGCUGGCCUGCUGACGCCUUCGCUGGCAGCGCCCACGCCCAAUGAUGACUAUCAUCAUCAUGCGUCGCGCGGACGCGGCCAUCAGCUACAUUCCCAUCAUUCACACGAGGCCAGCGGCGGCGAGAGCGCCGAUGGCUCCAGGCCGGGCACGCCGCUGUGCGAUGAACGACCGGAGGUGCUGCCCACAGAGCCCCGACGGCUGCCGCCGCCACGGGAACGGGCACGGGAGCGUGUGCGCGACAUUAUGUGGCUGCCGUUACCCAAAUUUGGUGUGUUGUUUUUUCAACAGCAGCGCAGCGGCUGCGGUAGCGGUAGCACAGCCAGCGGAGUAUCCAGCUAUUUGCAGCAGCUGGCGACGACAACAACGGCGUUGCUUGCCAGCAACAACAACAACAACUCUAGUCUUGGUGGAGGCGCUGCUGCGAUGUUGUCCAGCAGCGGCUCAUCAACGUCAGCGACUGCGUCCAGUUUAGGCUUUUUGCCCAAUCCCUCCUCGCGCUAUUGGCGCUCCUCAAAUCAUCAUCAUCACCAGCAUCACAGCCAUCACCAUCAGCAGCAACAGCAGCAGCAUCAGCAGCAGCAACAACAGCAGCAGCAACAACAGCAACAGCAGCAGCAGCAACAACAACAGUUGCAACUGCAGCAAUCGUCAUCGUCAUCCUCAUCGAUUGGCCUUAUGGGCAGUCCGGCGCGUCCGCGCUCGCUGAGCUCCAACUCAAGCGAUUCGGAUGUGCCUAGCGGCCAGACGGGCGGCAGCCCAACGCUGGAUGAACGACUGCGCAACUUUGAGGAGAACUACGAGCGCUGGUCUGGCGGCAGCAGCAACACAAAUCCCGGCCACGGCCACAGUCACAGCGGCAGCAGCCAGUCGAACACACCAUCCUGGCAGCUGUCCAUGCACACGACGAACCUGGGCGGUCUGGGCUCGUCGCAUCAGGCGGGCUCCGGCAAUAGCAACAGCUCCAGCGGCACUGUCUCCAGCUCGACGAGCAAUUCGCGUCACAAAUUUCUGGACAUCGAUGAGCUGCAGCCCUCAGAUAUUGUCAAAUCCCUGCUGGCCAAGAAGUCCGUGUUCGACGAUGACUUUCAGCGGCUCAAGAAGAAUCAAUGGUACGAGCCCGCCAGCACAGAUUUUGCCACUGGCUCCACAACGUUGGCGAAUGCACGGCAUGGUGGACUCUGCAGUGGGAACACGUCGCCGGCGCUGCCCAAUUUGGCGGCCACCAAGACGACGCCCAUCAUUGGCAACUGCAGCAGCAUUCUCACCGGCAGCAGCACUCUCGGCAGCAGCAGCAGCGGCAGCUGCAAGACAAGCGGCCUGCUGCAGCGCCUGAGCAGCUUGUCGCCCAUGAACUCACCGCAGGCUUCGAUGUCGCCCUACAACAGCCCGUCGCCCUCGCCCUCGGUCGUGAAUGCCAAUGUGGCCAGCAGUCUUGGGCAGCUGGCUAAGCCCAGCAGUGGCAGCAGCACCAGCAGCAGCAGCAUCAUCGCGACAGCAACAACAACAGCAGCAGCAGCAACUGCAGCAGCAACGGCGGCAGCGGCAGCUGUUAUUGCUGGCACGUCCAGCGGCAGCAGUGGUCCAACAAAGGGACUGCAAUAUCCAUUUCCCAGUCACCCGCCAUUGCCAAAUACUGCAGCACCACCGCCGGCGAUACAACCGGCGCCACCACCGCCACCGGAGUUGCCCAAAACAAAGCCGACAGCGGCGUCCGCAGGCAGCCAACUGCUCAGCAAGAGCCUCAGCGUGCCGGCGGCAGCCAAUGAAACACGCACCGUGCUUCAAAAGUCCGCGUCGGUGCCGGGCAGCACCAAUGUGGGCACCACUGGGAGCAGCAGCAGCAACCCAACCUCCAACGGUAACAGUUCCUCAACAACAACAACAACAGCCACAGCCACACACGUACAAAAACAAACACCAAACAGCUCGAUGGAUGAAGUGGAGGCCAAGGGCAGCGCCAAGAGCUCAUCCGCCAACUCAACAACUGGCUCCUGCUCCACGUCCAAGAAGAGCAGCAGUAGCAGCAGCGACAAGUCGCAUGGCAGCAGCAAGCACAACAAUCGCUCCGAUGCGGAUAAAAAAUCGAAAAAGUCCUCCUCCUCCUCAUCCACAUCCUCGUCGAACACAACCAGCUCCGAUAAGCGCAAGAACUCGGCAACAUCGCAAUCCUCGAAGUCGGCAACACCCAAAGUGGACGAUGAGUCCACCGAGUCGGAUGAACCUAUGGAGAAGCCCGACAAGGAGCCGCCGCGUCAGGAGCGCGACAAAGAGAAGGAAAAGUCGCAGCACAAGGAGCGACAGGAGCGAGAAAAACGCGAUAAGGAACUGCGCAAGCAACAGGAGCGUGAAGAAAAGGAACGGAAAGCGCAGGAGCAGCGCGAGCGCGAAGAGCGCAAGGCCAAAGAAGAGAAGGACAAGGAAAAAGAAAAGGAAAAGGAAAGAGAUCGAGAACGUGAACGCGAACGAGAGCGGGAGCGGGAGCGCGAGCGUAAGGCCCAAGAAGAGCGUGAGCAAAAGGAACGUGAGGAGCGUGAGAAGGAACAGCGCGAAAAGGAGCAGCGGGAACAGGAGGCGCGUCAGGCGCGCAUGCGUGACAUGUCCGCCUAUCACAAGAACAAAUCAGAUGCCACAUCCGAAGCGAGCAGCUUCUACGCCCACAAUCCAGCCACGCCCAACGAGUGUGAGCGACAAAACAAUAAAGAGAAUGCCGUUGCCACGGAUACAACCACAACAACAGCAGCAGCCACAGCAGCAGCAACAGGAGCAGCUUCAGGCAGCGCUUCCACUGAGAGCAGCAGCAAGGAUCGUUCCCGCAAAUCGUCACGCAAUUCGCCCGUGCCCAGCACUGGCCGCCAGCACAAGCGACGCCUCAGUUCUCAGGACAGCAAUCACAGCAGCGGUGGCGCAGGCGGUGGACAGAAUCAUGAGGAUUACGUAAAGCGUAUACGCAUGGAGAACACCAACCCGAGCCAAUCGCAAUCCCAAUCGCAAUCGCAUUCGCAAAGCAAUCAUCAGCGUCUCGGCGAUCGUCGCGACUCCAAGGAGCACAAGAGCAGCAGCAGCAGCGGCGGCUGCAAGGACGAAAAGCUCAGCUCCUCCAAAUCGCACGGCAGCAGCAGCAGCAGCUCCAAGCAUCAUCGACGCGACAAGCAUCACAGCAAGAGCGCCAGCAGCAGCGAGGUGGUAAACAAUACCGAGCUGGAUGCCAAGCAGCAACAGUUGCACACGCUCAAUACCAGCGAGGAGGAGCAGCAGCAACCGGCCCAGACGCAGCAUCAGCAGCAGCAACAUUCGCAGCAGCAGCAGCAGCAGCAACGACAACCGUCGAUGCACAAGCAGCAGCGCGAGCAUCAUCACCAUGGCAGCUCCUCGUCGUCGUCGCGGCACAAGAGCAAGCGUGACCAUCAUCAUCAUCGCGAGAAGAAGCGACAUUCGGUGGCCGAGUCCACCAAUACGGACGAGGAGCCCACACACAAUCCGCACAGACGCAUCUCAGCGGCGGGCAGUUCCGCGGGCGAGCUUAGCUCGAACACAGCCAACACAAAUACCUCCAGCAGCAAGUUGCAUCAUCAUCAUCAUCAUCAGCAGCAACAGCAGCAGCAACAGCAGCAGCAACAACAGCAGCAGCAGUCGCACCAUCAUCAUCAUCAUCAUCGUCGUAGCGUGGAGCGUAAAUCAUCGCGUGGCUCAGACGAAGGAGGCGCUUCCUCGAAGAGCGCUUCACAGCCGCGCAAAAUGAUGCUCAGCUCCGCGGACUCCGAUGACACAGAUGAUGCGUCCAAGAAGCAUUCCAUCUUUGAUAUACCCGACGAUUGCCCGAAUGUCUCCAUGUACGACAAGGUUAAGGCGCGCAGCUGCAAGAAUAUGCAACGCCAGGCCGAGGAGAAGAAGAUCAAGGCCAAGUUCUCGCAGCUGAAGCAAUCGCGAGCCAAAAAGAAGCGCUCCACCAGCUACGACGGCGACAGCGACACCGAGUUCGAGGAUCGCCUGCAUCAUCGCCUCAGCGGCAGCAGCAGCUUCCAUGGCCGCAAUCAUGGCGGCCUCAGCAGCAGCGAUGAGGGUAACGACGAUGAGGAUGGGUAUCGCAGAAAGCUGUCACAGAGUCGCAUAUUCUCCGACUCGGAUGCCGAUGGCGAUGUGGAUGCGGAGGCGGCGGCAUUGAAUGCCAGCCGCAUGCGCCAGCAAAUGCAACAGAAUUUGCUUCGGCUGUGCGACGGCGAUGAUAGCUCCGAGGAUGAGAUACGUCGCAAUGUGAUUGGACACGCGGGCAAAAGGAACUGCCUUUCGACGCGCAUUGCCUCCGACUCGGAAUCGCAAUCGCAGCCAGCACCCGAGCUGAUCGGCAGCAGCAGCGUGGGCAGCGCCAGCAUCAAGCAGGAGCCGGACAUUAAGCAGGAACAGAUCUCGGACAGCGAAAUGCAAAAGUAUCCAAAGUCGCGUCACAAUUCGCACUCCUCCAACGAGGAGCGCAAACUGAAGACGGAAUUCAAGAAGGAGUAUACCGAGUACUUCAGCGCCGGCUACACGGGCUUCGUGGGCGACAGUUCCGCCAAGCUCAAGGAGUUCUCACCAGAAGCGCGCAAGAAGCACAAGAAGAGCAAGAAGCGUCUCAAGUCCUCGGCAGAUGUCAGCUCCACUGUUGUGGCCGCUGUCACCGGCAGCAGCACGGGCAGCGGCAGCAUCUUUGAUGUGGCCGAUUGCAAGCCCACCAAAUUCGACACCUUCGAUGAGCUAAAGACCGAGCAGCAGCAGCCGCAGCAGCAGCAGCAGGUAGUGAUCGCCGCUCCCACAUUGGAUGUAAAUGCCUCCUCGGUGGUGGCGGUGGCCAGCGAGCGGCGCAAGCACAAGGAGCGCAAGGAGAAGAAACGCGAGAAGCUGCGCAACAUGAGCGAAACGAACGCCGGCGGCUCUGUCGAACAGCUUAGCGAGAAGCUGUCCAAGGAGGAGCGGCAUCGGCUGAAAAAGUCCAAGAAAUCCAAGAGCCUGGACACAUCGGCACGCCUAUACAAUGCAUCCAAUGCCUCCUCGCCACCGACGCCCAGCACACUGAGCACGCCGGCGCGUGAGUCGGCGAAACGUAGCGAGGACAAAAUGGAGGACAUCUUUGGUAUUAUCUCCGACGAGGAGGAGGAAGAGGAGGAAUCCCAGCUGACCGACGAGCCACCCGACACGGCCAAAGUGCAGCUUUCCACCACAGGACCCAUGGUGUCCGCCGCGCUGCAGACCUACAAACAGGAGACGCCUCUCCUCAGCCUCAACAGCAACAAGGAGCCGGCAACGCAGCAGCUGCAGCAGCAACAGGAGGAGCUCGAGCUGGAGCGCAGUGAACGCGAGCGGCAUCGCAAGGAGAAGCGCGAGAAGAAGCGACGCGAAAAGUCCGCACGCGAGCAACAACAGCAGCAACAACAGCAGCAGCAACAUCAACAGCAGCAGCAGCAAAAUGCAAGCAAGCUGGAUGACGACAACAGCGUGGACAUGGAUGAGGCGGGACGUGCACUAGAGGCGCAGCUUAUGGAUGAUUUUGACAGCAAUAAGUUGCCGGAAGAUGCGACGCCCUCCACGGCAACCACCUAUCGCAGCGAUAUGACGGACGUGUUCCGUUUCUCGGACAACGAGGAUAACAACUCCAUCGAGCCGCAGCAGCAGCAGCACCUGCAGCUGCCGUCGCAGUCCAGCGAGAAGCAGCAGCAGCAGCAGCUGAUCGACUCCAAGGAAGCGGUGCACAAGAGCAAGGACAAGAAGAAAAAGAAGAAGCGCUCCAAGGAGGAGAAGCAAGAGAAGCUCGACAAACAACAACAGCAACAGUUGCAGCUGCGUCGCGAGUCAACGACAGCAACAGCUGCUGGUCAGGCAGCUGGCGGCAGCGCUUCUUCGGUCAGCUCACUCACCAUCAAUGUGCAAGCAGCGUCAAAGCAUGCCGAGGAGCAGCAGGAGAAGGAAUCGAAGCGCAGUUCGCCGCUCUGCAAACCUUCGCCCAGCUUGCCCUGUCUUAUUGGCGAUGACGAUGAUGAGGAGCCGCCCAUCUGCCCAAAGCCCGUCAUCAAACCCUCAGCUAGCAGCGCCAGCAGCAGCAGCAACAAUCGCCUGAACACGGACACGCUUUCACCGGCCCGCGAGAAGCCGCGUUUGAUAAGUCCCAUUCCCAAGACGCCCACCAUAAGCCAGAGCAACAGCUCCAUGUUGUCCACGCAAUCAGCGGAAACGCCUGUGAGCAGCGGUGCAGCGCCUCUGGUUACCACGCCUACAUCCUCAACGGCGGCCGCGGCCGCAGCUGCUUUGGAGUCCAAGUGUGCCGCGGAGAACAGCUCACCGACCAGCGCCGCUGCCUUGAACAAAAAGAAGGAAAUCUUCAUACCCGGCUUUGAUGGUCAACUGGACGACAAGAUUAGCGAGUCGGCGGUGCAAUCAAUAUCGGCAGAGUUCAACAACGCCUUGCUAGAUGCACUGACCGAUGAGCCCAAAAUACCUGUGGCCUCACCACCCGGUGCCAUCAAGGCACUCGAGAAGCUGGAGGAUAGCAAAUCCCGUGUGACCAUCUCGCAGGAGGAGACGGAGAGCGCUGUAUCCGCGCUGCUGGGCGAAAGCUUUGGAACAUCCUCAACGGCGGAUUACUCGCUGGACGGCAUGGACGAUAUGACGGCCACGGUCACCGAAGUGGUUGUCGCCGAGCCCGACGAGGAGGCGGCACUCGCUGCCAAGGCCAUCGAGGCGGCUGUUGAAGAGGUCCCCACGGAGCCCGAUCCCGAGCCCGAGCCCGAGCCUGAACCGGUGCCCGUUGUCGUCUCCGUGGGCGUCGUGCUCGAUGCCGAAGAGGUGAACAAGGCGGUGCAGAGUCUGCGCAACGAGGAUAUGGACAUCAAGGCGGACACACCGCAAUCCGAACGCGAUCUGCAAAUCGACACAGACACCGAGGAGAACGCCGACGAGGCGGACAGCAGCGGACCCAGUCUCAAGAUCGACGAGACUGCACCACAGCACAGCGACUCCUCCGACAAGUCGGCGUCAAGUGCGGCCGAUAAAUCACCCGCGCUCGCUAGCGAGUCCAACGCCAGGCCCAGACAGGCAUCCGAAACGCCGCAGUCCACAGUCAUUACCAAGCUGGCGGGAACUGUGCCUGCGCCCGCACCAGCAACUGUUGCAGCUACGACUGAGCCAACGCCUAAUGCCAGCAGCAGUAGUUCGGCCAAGUCCAAUUCACAGCAGAUGCUUAAGAUUGAGCCGCCGACCAUCAGUAAGCUGCAACAGCCGCUGGUGCAGCCGGUGCAAACGGUGCUGCCAGCACCUACAACAACAACAGCAACAACAGUUGUUGCUGCAACGGCAACAGCUCGACCUGCCACGCCCGUCAUCAAUUUGGAUCUGUCCAAUGUCAUGGCCAAUUGCUCCAGCACAACAAGCAGCAAUAGCUCCGCUUCGCUGUCCUUUGGCAGUCCCACUGCCACACAGAAAACCAUGCCGCUGGCCUCCACGCCCAAGCAGCAGACGCCAGCAACAGCCCAACAGCAGCAGCAACAACAUCAGCCGUUGCCGCAGCGUACUCAGUCUCUCAUCAUGCAGCCGCCAACCAUAUCUAUACCGGAGCAAGCGCCGCAUUUUGUGGUGCCGCACUUGAUAUUGUCGCCACAGCAGCAACAACAUCAACAGCAGCAACAACAGCAGCAGGGUCCAACCGGCGCCUAUCUAAUGCGCGCCCCCUCGCCGCAUAGUCCGCUGUUGUCGCCGGGACGCGGCACGCCCAAUCGCCAGCUUAGUCCAGCCACAAGGCCCAUAGUGCCUACACAGCAGCAACUGCAACAGCAGCAGCAGCAGCAGCAACACCCGCUGUUGGCUUCGCCCACCGGCAACAUCAAUAUGAGUCCGCUGGCCAGUCCGACGGCGCGUGGAGUUGGAGCCACAACAACGUCGCCCACAACCAGCAGCAAGUUGCCUACGCCCAACAGUUAUCUGCCACGCCCAGCGCUGCCGCAGCAGCAGCAACAACAACAACAACAACAGCAGCAGCAGCAACAGUCCUCACCGAGCAUGCCUAAGUCUGUCAUUGAGCUGCAAUCGGGUGGAAAUGCUGCACAGAGUGCCCAGUUGAUGCCGCUGCCUUUGCAGAAGAUGCCGCCGUUGCCCGUGUCGCAUCAUCCGACAAUCAUCAGCAAGGUGGUUACUGUGCAGCCGCAGCAAGCCAUACAAACGCAGGUGGCCAGCUCGCCGCCCAUGGGCAGUCUGCCGCCGCACAAGAAUCUGCAUGUAAACGCACAGCAACAACAUCAGCAACAGCAGCAGCAACAACAACAACAACAACUCUCUCCACAGAUGUUGUCCAAGAUGAACGCGCAGCAACAGCAGCAGCAGGUGCACAAGUACAUGCAUCAGCAAAUGCUGGAACGCAAGCCGCAGCGACAACAACAUGUGCCACAGCAGCAUCAACAGUUGCAACAACAGCAGCAACAACAACAGCAGCAUAUGCAGCAGCACAUGCAACAUCCACCCUUGUCACCGGGCCAUCAUCACGCCACGCAGCAGCAACAGCAGCAUCAGGCACGGCAGCAGCAAUAUCAAGCGCAACAGCAACAGCAUCAGCACCAGCUGCAACAUCAAGCCCAACAGCAGCAUCAGCAGCAAAUGCAACAGCAGCAGCAACAGUUGCACAUACAUAAGCUACAGCAACAAUUGCACACGGCACAGCAGCAACAGCCGUUAACGCACUUGACGCCGCCACCGCCCAUGUUUGCACAGCAGCAGCAGCAGCAGCAGCAACAACACCAGCAACUGCCGCGUAAUUUGCAACAGCAACAACAAGUGAGUCCAACAGGCCUCAAUCCGAGUGCACACAGCUCGCACAGUCCGCAGGCACAGCAGCAACAACAACCGCAGCAGCCGCAUCCCGCUGCAAUAAUGGUGCGAGCACCAACACAACAACAACAACAACAGCAACAACAACAAUCGCUAAAUGUUAUACAGAACGCGCCGUCAGCACAGAAAAUCAUUGUGCAACAGCAAAUUGUACCUGCACCGGCCACAUCGAUACACUAUCCGCCGCCGCCCAAGGACACGACGACAGUGGUGGAGCCGCCAGUGUUGCCGCUAAAGACAUCUGAGAGCGUUUCUGUUAUACGCACGCCCACGCCCACCAUCAGCCUGGCCAGCUCACCGCAAGCGACAAAAGCAGCCGCUGCUGCCGCUGCCGCUUCACUGUUAACCGAGGAGAAUGUCAUCAAGAUAUCGCAGCCCAAGCAGGAUGAGCUUAUCGAGCAGGACUCGAAGGAGGUGGACAGCGAUUAUUGGUCCGCCAAGGAGGUGAACAUUGACAGUGUCAUCAAGAAGCUCGAUCUGACCACGGCAGCCGCUGCGAAGGAGGAUAACCAGAAUAAGCGAACCCCCACACAACAGCAGCCACCAAUUGAUCUGGUCACGGCGGAGGCAACGCCUGCCUUGGCAAGUGAGCCGCCAUCUGCAGCAGCAGUAGCAGCAACAACAGUUGCUGCCAGCGCCUUGGCCAAUACCAGCUCUAAUGAUCACGACACCGAGGAUGAGACCGAGACGCGUCAGUUGAACAUGAAAUCCUUGAAGCAGCUCGGUCGACCGCCCAGCGCACGUGGCACAGGCGCCAAACGUGGACGUCAGCCGCGCGGCGCCAAGGCCAAACAGGUUGCUGGACUGCCGCUAAAUCCCACCGAGCCGAGCCUGUUGCUUUCACCGGGUGACAAUGGUGUGCACACACGUCUACGCAAGCCGGCAACGGCGCCAGUGACGCGCGGCCGCAAAGGAAGGCCGCCGCGUAACUUGCUGCAGCAGCAACAGCAGCUGCAACAGCAACAGCUGGCCCAACAGCAGCAGCUCGCUCAGCAGCAGCAGCAGCAACAACAACCGCAGCAGCAUCAGCAGAAGGAGCUUGUCACGCCCACGCCCGCAGUUGUGCCCGUGCCGGUGCCAACAGCCGCUGAGAAGAAGGCACGAAAUCAGGCAUUGACACAAGCCAGCGGCUCCAGUCAGGAUAUUUACGAGUUCCAUGACGAUGUGGGCGAUCCGGAGCCAAAGGUCAAGGUAACUGCAGUUACUACCACAGCAGCAGCAGCAGCAGCUGCCGCAGAUGACACGCGACCGCGGCUUAUACUAACAAUCAACAAGCUUAAGAACAGCAGCGAACUGGAGAGCCAAGCCGAGGUGCCACAUGUGCAGACGCAGCAGCAGCAGGCGCAGCAACAACAACAACAGCAGCAGCAGGCGCAGCAACAACAACAACAGCAGCAGCUGGAGCACAACACGGACAGCUCGGAGUCUUGCAACACACGGAAGUCGCGGCGUCUGCAAGAGAAGGAGGAUCGCAGCACCGUGGACGACAUUAUCGAAGAUGUUGUGCGCAAUACAAACACACAACAGCAGCAGCAACAAUUGCAACAACAGCAACAACAGUUGCCCAAGGGCGGACAAACGCCGCCGCGACGCUCCGGUCGCAAUGCGCAGGCCAAGAAAACGGAUGCGGCACAAACACCCAAUGCCUUGGGCAGGCCUAGGCGCUCCAAGGAACGCAAGACUAUUUGUGAGUCGUCAGCUGGCGUGCAGGAGGAGGUGCAACCACUGUUGCUGCCGCCCCCUGCUGCAGCGGUGCCUGCAGCUGCUGCAGUGGUUGAGACGCCAGCAUCAAUGCAGCAACCACAACAGCCGCCAACGCCGCACAUUGUGCAUGUGCCGGAGGUCAAGGAAUCACCACCUCCGCCGCCGACGCCGCCGACAACAACAACACCACCAGCAGAGCCAUUGUCGGUGCCGCCUGUUGUCUUGUCCAAGCCAACGCCACAGCAUCCGAAGAAGAAGGCGAUUGCCGCAGCCGAAAUCGAAUCCUAUCAGGCCAUCAACUCAUCCAUGCCGCCCAUGCAUCAGACAGCCGCACCGGCGGCCACGCAGAAGAUCACAGGUGGUGCCGCGGAUGCAGUUAGCAAGGCUUUAAUUGAUCCCGUCACGGGUGUCAUUACUGCGGGCAUGCCGCAGGGCAAGGAAGGCAAUUUGCCGGCUGCGAAUGCGGCGGCGCCCGCCAACAGCAGCAAUGAAGCGGCUCCACUGCAGCAGCAGCAGCAACAACAGCAGCAGCAGCUGCAGAUCAGCGCCACAGUCAUAGCACCUUCCACGCCCAUAACAACGCUGAGCAAGCCCGUGCAGCUGCAGGUGCAGGAGGCGGCGGCAACGUUGCUUAACAAGCCCGUCAGCGUGCUGGUCAAGAGCAAUGCAACGCCCGCGCAGCCCACGCUUAUCAUACAGCAGCAGCAGCAGCAACAACAACAACAACAACAACAGCUACAACAGGCGCCACCGCAGCAGCAGCAACAACAACAAUUGUUGGCCAACAAGCAGCCGCUGGUGCUGACAACUGUGCUACAACAUGCACAGCACACAACGGUGCGUCCGCCGCAGCCGCUCAAAGCGCAUGUGCUCAAUCGAGAGAAGAACCUGCAGCAGCAGCAGCAACAACAGCAACAGCAACAGUUGACGCCCAACAAACAGCAUCAACAACAGCCGCCACAUCCGGGGCACAUGCUGCUCACUGAUGCUGCCGGCAAUCAACAGCUCCUGCAGCCAAAUCUCAUAGCGCGCCACAUGCUGGGCCAACAGCAGCAGCCACAACCACAGCAGCAUCUGCUGGUCAAUAUACCACCGCCAACGGCGCAUUCGCCACACUCGCCGCGUAUCACAGCCGCACAGCACGGCCAGCAGCAGCAGCAACAGCCACCAAAUGCGCCACAACUGCAGCAGCAACAACAGCAGACUCUGGUCAUCAAGCAGGCAACAGCCGCAGCGCCAACAGCGCAUCCGCAAAUACUGCAUGUGGUUAGCUCAAAGGCUUCGGUAUUGCCAACGCAGCAGCAACAACAACCGCCGCAGCAGCUGAACAAACAGAGCUUUGGCUAUGUACAACAAACACCACAGCAACAACAACAACAACAACAGCAGCAACCGCAACAGCUGUACAAACAGGCUGUGCAGCAGAAGAGCGCACAGCCGGUGCAGGUGUUGCCGCCGCAUAAUCUCUUGUUGCCCGCACACUCGGCGCUGUUGUUGCAGCCAAAGCCAGCGGCUCAUUUGCAGCCGCAGCAACAUCAAUUGACACCGUCGCCGCCACCGGGCAAGCCCAAUCCUGUGGUGCACAGCCUACAAGCGGUGGGUCAAUUGUUGCCCGGCAGCAUUGGCAGCCCGCCACCAAUGAAGCCAGGACAACAGCAACAAGCCAACACAGCUGCAGUUCUGCGCACCGCCAUACCGAACAUCAGUCCACAGGGUCAGCCGCGCGUCUCGCCGCUGGUGCUGCCACCGGGCAUGGCCGGCGUGCCGCCCUUCGAUGCCAGCAUGCAUGAUCUGGGCGCCUAUGUCAGCGGACGGCGUACACAGAGCCCGCCGCCAGCGCAUCAGCAGGCAUCGCCCAUAACACCGAAUGAUACCGCGUAUCGGGCCGCCAUGCUUUAUCAACACCACAUGAUGCGCAGCGGUGACUAUGACGACAAGAUGAUUAGCAGCAGUCCGCCAUUGGAGCUGCGUCGUCCGGGCAGUGGACCACCGCGCACCAUUACCGUGCCGCACAGCCUACAGAGUCCACAGGAUCGCACUGCAGCGGACUCGCCGCAGAUGGCUCAGGUGUAUGUGCACAAUGCGCGCAUACCGCACGCCCACUUCAGCGAGAUGGCCACACGUGGCGGCUACUAUGAGAGUGCCGGCAUGCAGCUGGAGCCGCCGCCGGCGCACCGUGCGGCAGCAUCGAUAAGUGUUGUGGUGCCACCACCGCCGACAGUUGCCAGCGGCAGUCCGUACAUCAGCGGCGGUGCCUCAGUGUCUGUGUCCGUGCAGCCGGGUCCGCAUAGUCUACAUCCCAGCCAGGCCAAGCUCUUGGAGCGCGAACGCGAGAACGAACGGCUGUCCAUAGUAGCAGCAGUUGCCAAGCAACAGCAGGAGCAUUUGACCGCGUCUGUAAUGCACGGCGGCAUGGAGCUGACCGCACAGCAGCCGCAGCCCCAGCCAGGGCCACCACCACCCGCCGCAAUGCCACCGCCGCCGGGUGACUCGCUCGUCACAUUGCUGCAACGCUAUCCGGUCAUGUGGCAGGGUCUGUUGGCACUGAAGACCGAUCAGGCGGCCGUUCAGAUGCACUUUGUGCACGGCAAUCCAAAUGUGGCGCGUGCCUCGCUGCCCAGCAUGGUGGAGAGUGCCACACCACAACUGCGUAUCGCGCAGCGCAUGCGUCUCGAGCAGACGCAGCUGGAGGGUGUUGCCAAAAAGAUGCAGGUGGACAAGGAGCACUGCAUGCUGCUGGCGCUGCCAUGUGGACGCGAUCAUGCGGACGUGCUGCAGCAUUCGCGUAAUCUGCAGACCGGAUUCAUAACCUAUCUGCAGCAGAAGAUGGCAGCUGGCAUUGUGAAUAUACCCAUGCCGGGCAGCGAUCAGGCUGCGUAUGUGGUUCACAUAUUUCCCGCAUGCGAUUUCGCCAAUGAGAAUCUGGAGCGUGCUGCGCCCGAUCUCAAGAAUCGUGUUGCCGAGCUGGCGCAUCUAUUGAUUGUCAUUGCCACCGUCUAAUCGAAUCGCAGGCGGUUGGUUUUAACCGGAUCUACGUAAACCACACACAGAUAUGAAAAUUAAACAAUCACCGACUAUGUCUAAAUAUAUGAAAACUGCAAGAACAACCACAACAAGAACAUCUGAAGAACAACUGAAACAAACACAUGUAAAGUAAACAAAAAACCAACCAAUAAUACAAAAACAACAACUACCAACUACAACAAAGCUAAAACAAGUUACGCUCUUCUAGUAUUUUAAGUAAUUUUAAAUAGCGUUUAAACAAAACACAAAAGUUUAAAGCAAAACUAAACAAAAAACAAAAAGUAAAGAGAAAAAAAAUGCAAACUUUAUUGAAAUAAAUAAAUGCAAGCGAAAGAGAGAGAGAGAGAGAGAGAGUUGAGGCCAAGCUCAUAAAGCAAUCGAAAUUGAUUAAUGGCAACUAAAACAAACCAAUGUAAAUCCGUAAAACAACCCUCUUGAACAGCCUCCCCCCGCAAAUCCUCCAACAUAAUAUAUACAUUGUGUAAAACGUAAACAAAACAACAACAACAAAAAAACAGAAGGAAAAAAACUAAAAUUGCAAAAAUAUGUUUGUCAAAAUUUUCGUUUCUUUUCUUUUCAUAAACAUAAUACAUAAUAAUUUUUAACAACAUUUUUGAAAGCUUGCAAAGUAUCGUUAAGUUUGAUCUCAAGAAAGUUUUUAUUUUUUUUUUUGCUUAUAAUUUAAAAUGAAAAUGAAAUGAAAACAAAACGAAAAGGAAAUGUGAAAGAAAAAACAACAAAUGCUUAAAAAAGAAAACCUAACUGUUUACUGUACUACAUACUACUUACUACCAUACAUACAUACAUACAAGCAUAUAUACCUACUAUCCCUAUUCGAAAAGAAAAUAUGAAACAGCAAUAACAACACACGUUUAAGUUUUUGAUUGGUGAACUAUUUCACAUAUUCACCCACACACAAACACAUACACACACACAUAUACGUACGCCCAGUUACUGCUCGCAUUUUACAAAGUUUCGUCGCCCUUAAUUAAGUAGUUUAUUGAUUUUGCUCUAGGGUUUCGUUUCUAUUUAUAUUCUUAAUUUUUUCAAUUUGUUCCUCGGCUCCAUGUGGUGCGCGUGCUAACCGCGCGUGUCGCAUUGACCCGAAGAACGCCAUGAGCGCCACCUGUCGCCAACUGCUGUUAAGCACAAUUAGGUUUAAAGAUGCGCCCAGAGGCUUUUUUCCUACAAUUACAAACAUUAAAAUAGAUACACACACACACACAUACACAGAAAUAUACAACCACAUAAAAAUACAUUAUAUACACACCUACAUAUAAAUUACAAUUAUUAAAUAUCUAUUUAAUUAUUAUAAACAAAUAUGUUAAGCCAAAUAUUUUAAAGUUUAGAGACAAGUUUAUUAAUUUGUUGCUUAUAUAUUUCCCUGUAGGGGCGCAAGCCGACGACAAAAAUACACUCAACGCAGGCGCCGCCGCGUUGUUGGCAUUUUUGUGGUUGCCUUUCUGCCGAUUAUUCACUGUUAGAUUUUCCACCUGAUUUGCUUGAAAAUCGCAUCAACAGUAACAGCAACUAAAACUACAACAACAACAACAACACCAUCACUGCCACAGCACUGUACCCGAAACUAAUUCAAGCAAAGUUGGGUGUUUCCAUUUGUUAUCAUUUAAAUGUUUAGUUCUUGUGCGCGAAACUUUGUAAACUGCCAGGCAGUAGCAUUAGAGCGUAUUUAUAUAUAUAUAUAUAUAUAUAUAAAAAUACACUCACACAUACACAAACAUAUAUAUUUUAAGCCUGAAGCUGACUAUAAAAGAACACAUAUACAGACGCCCAAUACACAAUAUACAUAAUAUAUAUAUAUAUAUAAAAGGAAGAUGAUAAAAUCCCUCUGUACACUCCUUAAACUUAAACGUUUUCACGCCCACUUGUAAAUUAUGUGACGAAAAACAAAAGAGAAAAAAAAAAGCAAAACUGUAAAAUAUUUAAAUUAUUUAGCGUCUAAACGAUAAUUCAUGUACAUGUAAAUACAGUUUAAUUAGUGUUUAGCGCGUAUUUAGUUGUAUGUUUUAAAACUAAACUGUACAUUAUAUAACACGAUAAAGAUACGAUUAUGAGAGAGAUCAGAAGUAAAUCGCAAAAAGGAAAAACAUUUUGUCAGUAAACACAACAAGAACAGAUGAAACGCUAUUGUUUUAAGACAUUUUUAGUUAUUUUUAAGUUAAUUGAUGAAGAAACCGAUUAAAUUACACUUAUUUCUAAGUGAAUUAAUAAACCAAUUCAAUAAACUUUUUCUGUUAA